ACAAACUCGGAGAUUGGAAAGCAUGAUAUCGAAUUCAAGUUUCAAAUUAAACCAUUCUUUCACUACCAAGUUUUAUCGUCGUCAUAUUGUUCAUACUUGUACUACUUCAACAUGUCAAGUAACGGUACCGUGGAUGGUUUGACUUUGGCUCGAAAGUCCGUCGUUCCUAAUCUUGUCAAACGUUUCCUUCAAGAAGGUCGUUUGGCUCAUUCUUUCUCUAUCAAACUUAUAGCCAACGUCGAUAUCGUUUAUUAUGCCGCUGCGGCAGGUUAUGAAGCUGUCUUGAUCGAUUUGGAACAUUCAAGUUUUGGUCUUGAAACUUGUAAUCAACUUUCUGUUUCUGCUCUCAGUGCUGGGAUCACGCCCAUCGUUAGGGUUCCUGCCAAUACGUCAGAUUGGAUCUCCCGUGCGCUUGAUGGAGGCGCUCAGGCUAUCAUCGUUCCUCAUGUCAACUCUGCUGCCGAAGCUGCCAACGUCGUCAAAUACGCUAGAUUCGCUCCGGAAGGUGAACGUUCAGCUACCAGUGGUAUGGCUUGUCUUCGAUACGCUUCCAUCCCUGCCAAAUACGCCAAUGUAGCUGCCAACGAAGAAACUUUGGUCAUUUGUAUGAUUGAGACGGAACGUGCUGUAGAGGAUGUUGAAUCUAUCGCUGCUGUACCCGGUGUAGAUGUUCUCCUGAUUGGUUCUUCCGAUUUAACUUCAGAUAUGGGUAUUGCUGGCGAUUAUGACAGCCCAAGACUAGCCGAUGCCUACGCCAAGGUUUCCGCCGCGUGUGCCAAAGCUUCCGUCAAUGGUAGACUCGUUUCUAUGGGUAUCGGUGGUCUCAAUGGUCGCCCCGAUCUCAUCGAGAAGCUAGCGACCGCACAUGCUAAUGGACGUUAUGCUAUGUCCGGUGCUGAUAACGCUAUGAUGCUCGCUGCUAUGAGAGCGGGUGCGAAGAACACACAAGCUAUGACUGCUCGUCUCUCUGCUUAG